AAAAAAAAUUGACGAGGAAGAUGCUGCUUCUGCCUAUCAAUAAUGGCGAUUUAAAAGCAGAGACAGACAAAAAUAUCAGAGUAUUUUAAUACUAGAAGCAUCUACACUUGGGCUCAGGAUCCCCGGCUGUCUUUAUUUCUUCACUGUUAGUAAAAAUUCCAACUUCAGGGUUUCUAAAGGGGAAGGUAAAACUUACACAAUACUCUGUUUCGCUUCUGAGAGAAGUGAGGAAAAUUCAACUUCAAGUCCGUUGCAGCGUUGGGAGAGAGAGAUUGAGUAUUGAAAUUAUUUUGGCAAACAGUGAUUGAGUAGCUCACUGCGUUUAUUUGGGCUGUGCAUGCAUUACCUGAAAUGAGGCGCUCAUUACGGUUUGAUAAGCUGUGUAGGAUGGAAAAGCGGAGAUGGGUUUUCAUGGUGGGCGUGGUGGCUGUUACAUACCUAUUGCUUCAGUCCCUACUUCUUCCAUAUGAGAAUGCUCUUCGGUCCUUAUUGCCGGAUGGUGAGAUUCCGGUACGUGCUAAAAGUAGCUUCCUGGCUGUGCAUUCUGCUGCCAAGUCUGUGAUGGUUCGUAACCCGCUAACGGUUAAUGCAUCGGAGUUGAGUAAUGAUUCAAUGGUAGUUGAGGUGGUGAGAACUGAGGGUGUUGGACGAGCAAUUGAGAAUGGUGGUGGGUUAAAGGGAGAGGAUAGUGAUGCAGAAAAUGGUUUUGCAUCUGAUGAGAAAGGCCUGGAUAAUGAUUUUGAACUUUUUGUGGAUGGAAAUCUAAAUAGUGGUUCUCCUCCAUAUGAGAAUGUUUUACAUAUGAAUGAUAAUUUGGCUUUGGAGAUUGUCAGGAAUGAGGAAAAUAGUUCUGUUCUGGAUGAGUCCGGUGGCGUCUCUCUAGAGCAGAUUGUGAAACCAAAUAAUGGAGUUUCUGUGGGGAAAAAUCCUGAAGAGAAUACAAGUCUGAAAUCAGAAAAUUCAAAGGGUGUUGAUACAACUAUUCAAUCCCCUCCAUUGGCACUGCCCAUGACAGCUUCAUCAAUCACCAUCACACACAUAGAAAACGUGGUGUCAAAUGCAAGCUCUUCUGCUCUACAACGUGAAGGCAUGACUUUAAAAAAUGAUUCUGUACUGAUGAAUAGUACUAGAAAGAAAGAGAUGAGGUGCAACAUGCCACCAAAGUCAAUAACAUCAUUAUAUGAGAUGAACCGCAUACUAGCGCGCCACCGUCGUUCAAUGAGACCAAGACAGUCUUCUGUACGUGACCAAGAGAUUGUUGCUGUGAAGUCACACAUUGAGCAUGCGCCUGUUGUAAUAAAUGAUGCAGAACUUUAUGCUCCUCUCUUUCGAAAUGUUUCCAUGUUUAAAAAGAGUUACGAACUCAUGGAACGCACACUCAAAGUGUAUGUCUACAGGGAUGGAAGCAAACCCAUCUUUCAUCAACCAAUACUCAAGGGAUUAUAUGCUUCGGAGGGAUGGUUCAUGAAACUAAUGGAGGGAAAUAGGCGUUUUGUUGUGAAGGACCCUCGAAAGGCUCACCUGUUUUAUAUGCCAUUCAGUUCACGGAUGCUAGAGUACACCCUUUAUGUACGUAACUCUCAUAACCGGACAAACCUUCGCCAAUAUUUGAAGGACUACUCCGAGAAAAUUGCAGCAAAAUAUCCUUACUGGAAUAGAACGGGUGGAGCAGAUCAUUUUCUUGUUGCCUGUCAUGACUGGGCUCCAUACGAGACAAGGCACCAUAUGGAACAUUGCAUAAAAGCCCUUUGCAAUGCUGAUGUGACUGCUGGCUUCAAAAUUGGACGGGAUGUGUCUCUUCCAGAAACAUAUGUCCGGGCUGCCAGACAUCCUCUUAGAGAUCUUGGAGGAAAACCUCCAUCUCAGAGACACAUUCUUGCCUUCUAUGCUGGAAAUAUGCAUGGCUAUUUGCGUCCUAUCUUGCUGAAGUACUGGAAGGACAAAGACCCUGAUAUGAGGAUCUUAGGUCCAAUGCCUCCUGGUGUUGCAAGCAAAAUGAAUUACAUCCAGCACAUGAAGAGCAGCAAAUACUGUAUCUGCCCCAAGGGUUAUGAGGUGAACAGCCCACGUGUGGUCGAAGCUAUCUUUUAUGAGUGUGUUCCUGUGAUUAUAUCUGACAACUUUGUGCCACCAUUUUUUGAGGUUUUGGAUUGGGGGGCAUUCUCAUUAAUUGUUGCAGAGAAAGACAUUCCCAACUUGAAAGACAUAUUGCUUUCAAUACCCAAAGAGAAGUAUCUUGAGUUGCAACUGGGGGUCAGGAAGCUUCAGAAGCAUUUUCUCUGGCACGCUAAGCCCUUAAAGUAUGAUCUUUUCCACAUGACUCUUCAUUCAAUUUGGUACAACAGAGUUUUCCAGAUAAAACUUAGAUAAAGGUUGUGCUUUUCUGGCAAGCAUUUACAAUGUGGAGAAAAGCAUUGAGGGAUGUAGAAGUGUACAGAAUCUAGCUCAUGAAAUGUAAACGAGCUUCUUGCUUACCAUCUGCCUGUACAUUCUUCCUGUGGGAAUAGACACAUCGAGAACUUGUAAAUGGAUUCUCAGAGUGAGUGAUGCUUUUGUAUGUAUCCUGUAGCAUUUUGUUUUUCUGUUGUAAAUAUAUAAGAACCCAGAAUCCUUUUUAAAAUGGAAAUUUGCUGUGUUCCCUUUUAGGAGUUUGCAGGCUCU